ACGUGUGAACCAAAGAUGGAGCCCAAGCAACCCUAGCGAAGGUUGUGGUAGAUUCGGGCGCGGGAGGCGGCCAUAAGCUGCCGUCAUUCUGCCGAGUGGUGAGUAAACUGUGCCAGUGUCGGGAGAGGAGACCGGGAAGCUGUGUGUGCUGACCGGGUAUUCAGUUGCACCCCCGAGGGGAAUACCUGGCUGAAUUUUUUGAGUUUAAUUUCAGAAUUACUGCCGAUUUACAAGGUCCAAGAUGGAAAGUCAUAAACCAAGUACUAACAAAGAUGAUUUAAUAUUUAAUAUCAUACCCAGAAAAAUCAAACAACUUCCAGAAUCAGACAGGAAUCUGCUUGAAUAUGGAUCAGCAUAUAUUGGACUUAAUGCUGCUUUUGGGGGCCUAAUAGCAAACAGUCUAUUUCGGCGAAUUUUGAACGUGACACAAGCUCGAGUAGCAUCUAGCUUGCCAAUGGCUGUGAUCCCAUUUUUGACAGCAAACCUGUCCUACCAUAGUUUUGUAAGUUUACCUUUGAGUACAGGUAAUUUGAACUGUGAAAUCUGUACGACAACACGGGGUACACUAGUUGGUUUUGUUCUGGGUGGUCUGUACCCCAUCCUUUUGGCUAUACCCGUGAAUGGGGGCCUUGCUGCCAGGUAUGAAUCAAGUCCUCUACCACAGAGGGGAAACAUCUUCAAUUACUGGAUUACUAUUUCUAAGCCUGUCUUUAGAAAAAUGUUAUUUCCUACUUUACUUCAGACUGCUUUUGCAGCAUAUCUUGGGUCUAGACAAUAUAAACUCCUCAUAAAGGCCCUUCAGUUACCUGAACCUGAUUUAGAAAUUCAAUGAUUUGAAGCAAACAUGUACAAAAAUAAAAUGUUGAAAAUUA